UCUUCAAUUAUAGAGGGUCUCUCGAUCUCUCUGUCCACUGCAAACAACUGGAGAGAGAGAGAGAGAGAGAGAGAGAGAGAGAGAGAGAGGUGGGGGUUCUUGGAGAUUGGUUAAAAUGGGAAGGAGUCCUUGUUGUUCAAAAGAUCAGAGCUUGAAUAGGGGAACAUGGACAGCUAUUGAAGACAAAAUACUCAAAGGAUACAUCAAAAUUCAUGGCGAAGGAAAAUGGAGAGACCUUCCCAAAAGAGCUGGGCUUAAGAGAUGUGGGAAGAGUUGCCGGCUAAGGUGGUUGAAUUACCUAAGACCUGAAAUUAAGAGAGGCAACAUAACCAAUGAUGAAGAGGAGCUAAUUAUCAGGCUUCACAAACUCUUGGGAAACAGAUGGUCUCUGAUAGCUGGGCGGCUUCCUGGACGAACAGACAAUGAAAUCAAGAAUUACUGGAACACCAACAUUGGAAAGAAAGUACUCUUAGGUCACCCCAACACCGCCUCAAAACGUAGAUCAUCAUCAUCAAAUCAAGCACAAGAAAAGCCAAACCCCACCAAAGCGUCAGCUGUAAUCGAACCACCAAAAGCAGAUACAGGCGCUUCAUGUGCCGUGAUACGUACAAAGGCAAGAAGGUGCACCAAAGUUAUCCUGAUCAGUACCUCGGGGUCACAAGAACCACAUGAUCAUCAGCAGCAGCAGCGGCCGUUUGGCACCAAGCCAGUCGUCUUUGAACAUCCCUCUUUAGUUCUUGAUGAGUAUCACCACACAGUUGAAUUUUCAAAGUACAAUUUGGAAGAAAAUCAUUUAUCCAACUUCAUGAUGGAUUUUGAGAUUGACAAAAGUUUCCUGUCAGGGACUCUGAUGAGCACGGAUUUCUCGGAGCUAUCUUGUUUUCAAAACAAAAACAAUAAUGACGGUGGUGUUAGUAUUACUACCUGUCAUGAUAAAGACCAUUCUUCACCAACAUUUAUUGAUCAUGCCCCCUUGGUUUCUAAAGAAACAGAACUGCAUGGGUCGGAGGAUUGUCAACUUAUGGCUCCUCUGACUGAGUCUGAGUACUUGGACUGGCUCUGUGUGUCUAAAGAUAUAUUGCAUGGUUCCGAGGUAAAUUCUGAUGAUCAGUUUAAAUUAACCUAGAUUAUUUCUGAAAUGUGUAUAACCCUACUUUGGGUGGAAAAAAGCUAAAUAUGGUCGGCCAGCGUAGCCGUAGGGAAACUGCUGCUGAUGUGGAAAAUGAAGCGCACCGUUUAUGUAUAUAGCUUUGACUUGUACAGACUCUCUCUCCCGCCCACACACUUAGGUUGGGUUUAAGUACCCAAACGCAGCCUUAGUGUCUUCUCUCAGUUCAAUCAAUGGCGUUUUUAUAUGUAUAAAGACAAUGAAAACCCAAGAGACAAAAGUGCAGACCAUUCCUGGCGCAAAUCAAAGUUUCUGAUA